AAAAGGAGAAGAAAGAAGAAAAAAAGAAUGGGGAAUGUAGCACUGUGUGCACCUUCAAUAACCUCAAACGGUGUGGCAAAGGUACUCACCAUUGACGGAAGACAACUAACAUACACAAGGGAACCUGCAAUUAAAGCAGCAGAAAUCAUGCUAGAAAAUCCAGGCCAAUUUCUCUGUGAAUCCAACCAAUUAAUAGUCGGCCAAAGAAUUCCCGGAAUAUGCGCAGAGGAAGAGCUUGAAGUAGGCCACGUGUACUUCCUUCUUCCCAUGGAGUUGCUCUACUCUGUUCUCACAGAUGAUGAGAAAAAAAUUCUCAGCCAUAAAUAUUCCAAAGAAAUAAUGAAACUCAAGAUUUCAAAGAUUUUUCCGGAGUUUUGUUUGUUCCCUAAUGGUAAUUCUGAUUCAUCAAUGGAGGAAUCAGCAGAAAUUGGUUCGCAGUUGGUUAAGAGAUACUCCAGGCAAAGAUCAUGGCAGCCUGCUUUGGAAACCAUUGUUGAAACUCCACCCUGAUCAUGGGGUUUC